AUGGUGGACACAGAAGCGAACGUACCGACAUGGAAGUUCACCCAAUGCUUUGGUGACAAGGGUGAUGUGGAGGACAUAACAGAGGCUGAUAUCAUCUCCACUGUCGAGUUCGAUCACACCGGCAACUAUCUAGCAACAGGCGACAAAGGCGGACGUGUUGUCCUGUUUGAGCGCAACGAGACAAAAAAGACCUGCGAAUACAAGUUUCAUACCGAGUUCCAAUCGCACGAGCCAGAGUUUGACUACCUCAAGUCCCUUGAGAUCGAAGAGAAGAUCAACAAGAUCAAAUGGUGUCGUCGACAGAACGCUUCCCACUAUCUCCUGUCGACAAACGAUAAGACGAUCAAACUAUGGAAGGUGUUUGAGAAAUCGCUCAAGGUUGUGGCGGAGAACAAUCUCUCCCAUGAUCUUACACCGGCAAACAUAGCCGGCGGAGGCGGAGCCCCGCGACCGAUGCCGAACGUUCGAUUCCGCAGCGCCAGUGAACUGAAGCUCCCGAGGCUGACACACCAUGAUACCGUCGUUGCCGCUGUGCCCCGGCGGACCUAUGCCAACGCCCACGCCUAUCACAUCAACAGCAUCUCAGUGAACAGUGACGGAGAGACUUUUAUUAGCAGUGAUGACCUGCGGAUCAAUCUGUGGAACCUGAACAUCCAGGACCAAAGCUUCAACAUUGUGGACAUCAAGCCGGCGAACAUGGAAGAGUUGACGGAGGUCAUUACGGCGGCCGAGUUCCACCCCUUGAGCUGCAACUGGUUCAUGUACGCCAGCUCCAAGGGGACUAUCAAGCUGGCGGACAUGCGGGAGAGCGCUCUGUGCGACCAGCAUGCCAAGAUGUUCGAACAGGAGGAAGAUCCGUCGUCGAGGUCAUUCUUCUCCGAAAUCAUCUCGUCCAUCUCAGAUGUCCGCUUCUCCCACGACGGCCGCUACAUCCUUUCGCGCGACUACCUGACGGUCAAGAUCUGGGACGUGAAUAUGGAGAGGCAACCCAUCAAGACAAUUCCCAUCCACGAGCACCUGAGGCCAAGGCUGUGCGAUACGUACGAGAACGAUAGCAUCUUUGACAAAUUCGAGGUGGUGUUCUCUGGUGAUGGCAAGAACGUCAUGACGGGAAGCUACAACAACAACUUCAUGAUCUACCCGUCAGAUCCAGAGAAGGAAGUGGAAGUCGUGUUGCAGGCGGACAAGUCGGCUUUCAAGGCGAAGAAAGUCGGCGUGCCGACGCCGAUCAAUUCAUCAACGAGCCCGACCGCUAACGGAAAGAAGAACGGCUCACGAGGGGGCAGCCCAGCCGCACCAGGUCAGGGUCAGAGGAUGCGCAAAGAGACGGACGCGGACCAGAUCGACUUCAACAAGAAAAUCCUGCACAUGAGUUGGCAUCCGUUCGAGGACAGCAUUGCGAUCGCGGCGACUAAUAAUCUAUUCGUUUUUUCUGCCUUGUAG